GGCUUUUAUACUUCCUAUUUGCACUCUUGUUCUUGAGAACAUCACGUUGAAAUUAAGUUUUUGAGUGGUUUGAAGGUUAUUUUGACGAAAUAAGGAUUAACCGCUUUAAUCAGGUUUCCAAUCAAGAAUAGCAUUAAUAAAGAAGUUUAGAGAUAAUGUCGGAAGCUACGAAUGAUUCUGCGGCUGCCCAAUUCAAGAAUGGAGCUGAUGUACAUUUUGAUUAUAAUAAUGCAUCGAAUACUCCAUUAUCUCUGCAAGUUGCAACUGCUAGUUCAAGUAAUAGGAAAAAGAAGAAAAAGAAGAAUAAAAAUAAAUCGAAAAGUACCCAGAAUGAUCCCCGUGAUGUGCAAGCAACUAUAAAUGAUCCAGAUGUUGAUUAUCCAACCUCCAGGGUCAUCAAGCAAGCUCCAAAUGGAGACGUUAUUGUAGAAAGUUUAGAUGAUGAACAACAGGAAUCUCGUUCCGAACCAACCUCAGGGUUCGGUGCAACGAAUAUUUGGGAUAAUUCAACCAUAGAAGAACAAGAGAAUUUGAAGCAAUUUUGGGAAAGUUUAGAUGAAUCCCAAAAAUUUGAGUUGGUCCAAAUUGAUAAACAAUCUAUUCUAGAACUUUUCAAAAAUGAAGCUAGAUCAGCCAAAAACAACCAUGCUAAUAACAACAAUAAUGUCUCAUCAGCUCAUGGCUCACAGUUAAAUAUGAAUUCCAAACAUUGUACUUGUUCCUAUUGUGGUCGUCAAAAAAGUUUGAUUGAAGAUGAAUUGGAAAGUAUUUACGAUAACCAUUUCGAUGAUAUCAUUGAUUUUAUUCAUGAAGUAAGAGAUAUUAAUGAUCUAAAUGCCUUGCCAGGUCUUUUGUUUGGUGGGUUUCACAUGCUAGAAGAAGAACAUAAGUUGAUGAAAAGACAACAACGUGAAUUAAAUCAACUCAGAAAUAAACAUCAAUACCAAUUGGCAAAGGCUAGAGCCCAAGAAGAAGAGCUCCGUAAACAUCUUGCCUUACUGGGAGAAUACCCGCAUUCCAGCUGCGAUCAUGACCAUGACCAUGAUCACGACCACGAAUAUGAAUUUGAUGAUGAUCAUGACCACCAUCACGAUCACGAUCACGAUCACGAACAUGACCAUGAUCAUGAAUAUGAUCACGAUAACGAGUGCCUGGACGAUCACGAUCAUGAAGAUCAUUAUAGUGAACAUGAGUACGAGGAUGAACAUGACCAUACAUUGGAGAAUAAUCAUGAAUCUGAAAACCAGAAUUUGGUGGAUAAUUUCAUUGAAAAGAUAAAAGAGCUUGAAGAUAAUGAUAACAGUAGUAACGACCAUAAUGUUUAUCAAGAACCAUCUUCAAGUGAUCCCAAGUCUCAACAAGAGCUAGAGGAACUAGAAAGAUCUUUGAUUACAUCAUUGCAAGAUCAUCUUGAAAAUGGGAAUCCGAAAGAUCAAGCCACUCAACUUGAAAUUUUGAAGAAACAUAAAGCUUAUUUUGAUGCAAAGCAUAUGGAAAAUUCAAGUUUACCUGAUUUUGAAAGUGUCAAAAAGCAAAUUCAGUUAUUGCAAAAAACUGGAGCUUUAAAGGCUUCUAUUCGUGAACAACCUUCAGCUAGUAAAAAUGAAUUAGAGAGAUUGUCGUUUGUUCGUCAUUUUUCUAAAAUCUUUGCUGAUGAAAUGAAUCAACAUAAUAAAACCCCUGACAAAAAUCUUGAUGAAAACCAAAACAAUUUCUACGGGUUAUCUAAAUUUGCUGAAGAGUUUAUGAAAACGGAUGGAAAUUCUUUUAUUGAUAUGAUGGAAUCACUUUCUGAAUCCAGAACUGCAAGAGAAGAUUUAUUAAGAGAACAAGUUUCCAAUAUUAAAGGCGGUGGCAAUCUCAGCAAUCAUGAAAAGGAAGCCUUAAUUGAAUAUGCCCACCUGAAGGUAAAAUCUUUGUUGAAUGAAAAGCAAAAGAAUGGAGCCGUUGUCAAGCCUCAAUUCGAUAAGAUUGACCAUAUCCCUGAAUUGGAGUUCAACGGUCAAACAAAAGGCGAAAUAGACCAUCAUCUCCAUGAUGCAGAGGAGGCUGAAGAGGAUGAAGAAGUAGAUGACGAGGAUGAAUUAGAUGAUGAAGAACAAGACGACGAAGAGGACGAAGAGGAAGAGGAAGAUGAUGUUGAAGAACUCAGUGAUACUGAAUCAGAAAUAUCUGAAGAAGAGAAGAUGCAGGAAAUUCGUCGUUUAUUUUUAAUUCAAGUUAUCAAAUUAUUUCAAGAAAGAUUGAAGGAAGCAUAUAAAGAAAAAUUAUCUAAAGACAGGACUCAAAAACUUAUUGAAGAGUUAGAGGCAGAGGAGAAUGCCAAACAAGAACGGGAAAAUAAAAAGCUUAAACAGCGUGAAAAGGCCAAAGAAAAGAAAAGGUUACAGCAAUUAGCCAAAGAAGAAGAACGCAAAAGAAAAGAAGAAGAAGAAAAGGCAAAAGAAGAAGAAUUGAAGCGUAAACAAGAAGAAUUAAGAGCUGAACAAAAACGCAAGAAGGAAGAAGCUCGAUUGAAGAGAGAAGAAGGUAAACGUAAACGAAUCGAAGAAUUAAAGAGAAAGGAAGCUGAAAACCAAAAAAGAAUUGAGGCUCAACGUAAAAAGGAAGAAGAAUCAAAGAAAUUAAAAGAAGAAAGACGUAAGAAGAUUGAAGAAGAGCGUAAGAAGAAAGAAGAAGAAAAAAAGCAGAAAGAUUUAUUAAAAAAACAAAAGGAGGAAGAACGUUUACGCUUACAAAGGAUGAAAGAAGAGGAGGAAGAGAUGGCUAAAGCUUUGGCAGAACAAGAAGAAGAGCAACGGAAGCUAGUUGCAGAAGCAGAAGCAGAAGCUAAAGCACUUGAAUUUACUGCCCAAACACCAAUGGAUAAUUCGCUGAAGGUUCUUAUAGAUGAAUUAAGAGUUAAAUCGUCGCCAACCAAAAACCAUAUAUUGGAUCAACUCUACCAGGCCAAGCCAAGAUCGAUGUCGUCGACAUCCACCGGUAAUUCCACCCCAAUAAUGAAUCAACCGCAAUUGAGUAGACCUGGAUCAUCAUUCAAUAUGAUUGAACCAUUGAGUACUGGAGGAACGAACAAUUUAGUUUCGAACUUAAUCUCGCCAACUAGUCAACCAAUGUUGAAUAAUGACUUGAAUAAUGCACCAAUAAAUGGAGGGUUUGCACCACUUCAACAGCAUACCAACUUCGGUCCUCAAUUGCACCAAGCACAACCGCAAUUAUCUCCAUGGGGUACAUCUAAUACAUUAUUGAAUAACAAUAUACCCCAUGCUACAUCGCCGCCACCGACUAAUGCCAAUGCACUUAACAAGGGAUUCAAUACUGGUGGAUUUAGUCCAUUUGGAUCCAAUGCGCCGGCGGUUGGGUCGGGGUUCAAUGAUCCAUUCACCAAUAACCCAGUUAACAUGACCAGUAACACUGGAGCAUCGAGUGUUUGGAAUACUGGUAACUCACGUAACAAUUCCAUCUGGAGUAGUACACCCUCUAUACCACCCAACCCACUGAGUUUAUGGAAUAGCAAUUUGGGACAAGAUAUAACCAAUCCAGGAGCAAAUGCAACAAGUCAGCCCACAAACAACAUCAUUACCGACUCGCAAUUACAAACUGCUACAUGGGAAGCAUUUAAGAUCUUAGAGCAAACGGGACAAUUAGAGUUUUCAGUUGCCCCUUGUCUCAAAUUAUUCCAGCUUACGAAGAAUGUAUUGAGUAACACCCUGAUAAGCUUACAUCAGUUUUUAAGUGCAUGCCGAAAUACGAUUGGAAGUGGCUUACAAUUUGAUUUUGUAUACGAUGACAUGGGAACCGUGACCCAUAUUCGAGUCGGCAUCAUCAAUGAUGGUGGUCUCAAAACGAGCCCAGUUAUGCCACCUCCAGGUUUUAUUAAUCCCAACAUUGGUGAUUCGUUAAUGAGAGGAUUUGCCGAUCUUGCAUCUACUACAAAUGCAAAUGCAAACAAUCCUCCCCCACCCACCAAUCCUAGUCUCGGUAGCCAAAACGGCUCUUUCAGUGGUGGAUUGCGUCAGUUAUGGAACUAAGUAGAACCUCUUUAUAUUUUGUGAUUUACUGCUUAAUUAUAUUCAUUUUUUCUUGAAAUAUUUAUUUUUUUUUUUUCAAACUUUUUCAAUUAUGACUGUUGUUUAAAUCUCUAUUCGUAGUUGAAUAUGUCAAAAAAAC